AUGGCUACCGAGAAAGCAUUGCAUGAUGAAAUUGAUAGGCUUACCAAACUUCUUGCUAACAAUGAAGAACAACUAGCUUUGGCAGCUCAAAUUGGCCAACAGUUACUAACCGAUAAUGAAGAAACAGAAACUCGCUUCGAAAAAUUAAGAAUUGAAUCAAAUCAACGUAUCGAAGAAUUAGAACAAGAAAAUCAUAUUUUAAACUUACGAAAUCAAACUAUUAAAUGCAAAUAUGAAGAUCUUGCUAAUGAUAUGGAUAUUCUAAAAGGUCGACAUGAUGAAGAUGUUGCUAAAAAAUGCCAGGAAUUAAAUGAAGAGUUUAAAAAGCAAAUGUCAAAAAUAACAAGACAAUCUGAAACAGCAGCUGAGGAAGCUGAUCGUUAUCGCACAUUAGUAAGUCAACUAAAUGAAAAAGUUGAGGUGUUACAAAAAAUGGUCACCGAAGAACGAAAUCACAAUCAAGAAGAACUUACCACCAAUGACGACAAUAGCGAGUUACUGGAAGAAUUACAACUCAAUUUAGCCAAAGCAGUUGAAAUCAAUAAAGAUAUGGAGUUGGAAAAUGUCGAUUUACGUCAUGACAAAGAUUGCUUAAAUCUAAAAUUAGAAUCAGCUGGUAAAGAAGUUAAAUCAUUACAAGAAUAUCAGGAAAUAAUAGAAACAGAAGUAGAUACUUGGAGAACUAAAUAUAACGACAUUCGGAUUGAGUUAGCAUCAGCAAGAGAACAACUGAUGGACUACCAAAGUAAUUCUAAUUAUCAAAGUAACCCCAGCAAAUCGUUAUUUUCUGAAGUUGAAGAUCAAAGAAUUCAAUUAGAAGGAAGUUACAAAUGUUUAAAAGUAAGAUUUGAUACUUUAGAAAAGCAAUAUAACGACUGCAGACAGCAAAUGCAACAGCUGAAAAGUCGAUAUUCAAGCUUACUUGCUAUGGGUAGCUUUAAAGCGGAUGAAGCCAAAAUGAAGAAUUUAGAGCAAAAUCUUUCACAAAGCGAGGCUGAUCGUCGAACGUUAUCCAUCAAAGUACAAGAAUUAGAAGAGCAACUUCAAGCUGUCACCAAUAGUAAUAUUGAGCAUGCAAAAUGUUUAGAAUCGGUCAAUUUAAGUGAAAAAGACUAUAUUGAUUUCCUUCGUCGCGAUCUCAAAGAAUAUAAAAGUAAAUUUUGUAAAUUAUCCAAAGAAAUUGAAUCCUUACGGUUAAUGAAUGCUAGUGAAUCGCAAAAAUUACGACAAACUGAAUAUUCGUUAUCAGAAGCGCAAAAAAUUGCUGACAAACUUAAAGUUGAUAAUUUAAGAAUCCGUUCCAAGUUGGAAGAAGAAAUAAUCAAGAGAAAAAAAUUACAGUAUGAAUUAGAUGUCAAGCGAGAGCAAAAUUCCAAGAAAAUAGGAAAUAAUGACGGCAAAAGUUCCCAACAAAAAGAAAAUCAUCACAAUAAUAUCAACAGUGACAUUGAACAAGCAAAUCUAAUGAAAGCUACUGGAAAAAACUAUCGGAAGGACCUUCUUGAGACUAAACAACCAGUUACAAAACAUGUAAAAUUUGCUGAAACUACUACUAUCCAUUAUCAGCCUUUACAGGAAGUAAAUGAUGAAUCGAUCAAUACUUCUAAUGUUGAUGACAGCGAUCCAGGAAAUUUACAACGAGAUAUACGAAAUAAGCCGAAGCGUAAUAUAAUCCACGUUCCAGCAAUCGACGAUAACCCAAACAACUGUAAACAGCAAUAA